UCUCCUUCCCCUACCCCGCUACAAAUUCUUCUAAAGUACCUACUUUCCUCUUCUUCACUUUGGCCGUGUACGGCCAUGGCGACACCUAACGGACAGCAGACACCGCAUACGUCGGCCUCAUCAGACCUUGAACAACGAGCGGCUCGAAUACUCGACCCCGGAAUAGACCUCAAAACACGAUUCGUCGUCGCCACUGAAAUCCGUGAGAUCCUCGAUACCUUACGAGAUGCGGAUGCCUCUCGAGCUCUACCUUUCAUCAUCCCUCCCCUCGUCGAGCUCCUUCAGUCCGGAGAGGUAUCCUUCCGCAAAGAGAGUCUCGAGUUCCAAUUCCGCUCCAUCGUACUUAGUAUCCUGACCCGUCUCCCCAUCAGCGAACACGCCAAACCACACGUACAGUCCAUUUAUAAUUGCCUGCUAUGUGUUAUCCGACAGGACAACGAGGAGAACGGUGUCUCGGCUUGCAAGCACAUCGUCGAACUUGUACGAGCGUAUCGCAUGCUUACGGAGGAGAACCUCCGCGACUUUACCUCCCUCUUCAAGGACGUCUUCGCGAAUAUUAAGCCCAUGACAGAACAGUUGCUUUCUGAAGGUUCGGCAGAAUUGGAUCCUGCCAUUUCGCUACCUAGUAUCAAGAGUUUCAAGGUUACGGCGGAACUGGGGCUGCUGAUGGCGAUGUUCUCGCAGAUACAGAGGGAUUUGAUUAGGUCGGUUGUACAGGUGACAAUCCCGCCGGCAUUUGAAGUCUUGUGUUUGGAGGCGCCUGCACAGAAGAAGGCGAGGGAGGAGUUCGAAGCCGCUGGGGGAUUUUGGGCGGGUAUGGCACCGACUAUCACGAAUCCGGGGUCGUAUGGGGAUUUUGUGAAUGCCCAAAUCAAGAUGUUGUCCUACCUUGCCUUCAUUAUGCGGUUCAAUCCGGAAUCUUCAGAUGUUCAUGGGGAGACCCUUGUUCUGCACGCGUUGCGUAUUUUGCAAGAUUGUCCGAUGAAUGGAAUACCGCAGAGAAAGGAACUUAUGGUCGUUUUUCGUCAUUUGAUGGGCACUCCCUACAGGAAAGCACUUCUGCCUCAGAUAGACAAGCUGUUCGAUGAACGGGUUCUGCUUGGGACGUGUCUUGGGGCUAAUGAGUUGCUCAGGGCGACUGUCUACACUGCGUUCACUGACCUAUUCCAUCACGUUCGCAACGAUCUGACGUCGGCACAGCUCGAACGCAUCGUCCAUGUCUAUUCCCGACAAAUUCAUAACCCUGCGUUGACCAUCAACCUUCAUACGCUGUCAGCGAAGAUGAUGUUCGGUACCGCGGAGGCAAUCAUUGCAAAGGAAACACCGCAGGGCGCGGCACGAAUUCUGGAACUGAUGUUCAAGAGCUGCUUAGACAGACUCGAUGCCUUGACUGUCGUGCAUGAGAAUAUUCUCGCGGCUUUGGAAAGAGCGAAGGCUGGGCAGGAGGUUGCUAUAGACGAUGCCUUUAUUGAGAAGGCUCGCCCAGUUGGUGGUGCGGCAUAUGCUUUGGAGAAACCGGAGGAUGUCGUCAAUGAGCUACGUCUGUUCUUCAAAACGCUUCUCCAUGGCUUCCGUGUCUGCCUAGCCGGUCUUCGAAAGUGCGAAGCUCCUACACCGGAUGGGACGCUGAUUUUCCGCAUGUUUGAAGGAUGCGUUCACUGUCUUGCGAACAUGGACAAUGACAACCGCACUGAUGCAGCCAACGACGCUAUUGAUUGGUUCUCACCCAUCCUCUCAGAGAUAAACCUCCAUGUCUUCCAAGAGGUUUGGACUCACAAGAUGGAGUUCUUCUUCGAGUGCGCGCAGAAACGCGUAGCGCUUCUGGGAAUAUGCUCGUAUCUGUUCAAUAGGGAGGCCACGUCGCCGACACUUCUUGCCAUAGUCCUUCAGUUCCUCGUUGACAGGCUUCCAAUGCUGGGAGAGUACGAGGAUCUGGUGGUUGCGACGACAAUACGCCUCUACAAGACUGCGUUUGCAGCCGUCGCAAGCCAUCCUGCGACCAAUGAGAGUAUACUUGCUCUGCACCUGGGAAAGCUAUUGAUGGAUUGUUUCCCGUUGGCUGCGAAAGCGACCAAGCCAACCCAUUAUUUUCAUCUACUGAGGGCACUUUUCAGGUCUAUUGGAGGUGGGGGUGGGAGAUUUGAAUUGCUGUAUAAGGAGGUCCUUCCUUUGCUGCCGGAGAUGCUGGAGUGUUUGAACCGACAGCUCCAUUCUUCAGAAGGCGCGACAAGAGAUAUGAUUGUAGAACUCUGUCUUACGGUGCCAUUGCGGUUAACGCAUUUAUUACCGCAUCUCUCGUAUCUCAUGCAACCCCUCGCCUUGGCCCUCAAAGGUAGUACGGAACUGGUGACCCAAGGUCUCCGCACGCUCGAGCUGUGUAUUGAUAACCUCACGCCAGACUUUUUGGAUCCCACCCUUAAUCUUGUCCUUCGAGAGUUGAUGGAAGCGCUGCAUAGUCACCUGAAGCCUCUGCCUGCGAACCACAUCUUGGCACAUAGUACCAUGCGAAUUCUAGGGAAGCUGGGUGGGCGGAACCGACGCCUAUUGACCAAGGAACCAUGUUUGAAGUAUCAGCAUCAUUCAGAGCAUCCGAAGAUGACAAUCUCAUUUUCGGGGAAGGCGGGGAAGGUUGAUCUAGGCCCUGCUGCAGUUCUUGCUCGUCAGACGCUGACCACGGGUACACCGGCUGAUGUCACCCAUGCCUAUGAGUACUUGGAACGCUGCCUUUCUUUCAUGCUCUAUGAGGGUAUCAAAGGAGAUAACGCAGAACAGCUAUUUGUCAGUGCCAUGGAAGGCAUCUUUGACGCCACACAUGUUGCACAAACUCAAGAACAAGCCGAACAAUUCGUGAAACGAAUGGGUCAACGGAUUUUCGAGUUGGAGACUCGUCGACCUCCGCCUCGUGAUGUUGGAACCCGACAAGCGCCUAGCACUCUCCUUUCAGCUUUCAUUGAUGCUGUUCCCCAUGCUCUUGCACGAGAGCAAGCUGAAGAGGCUAAGAAGGCAAAUUUACUAGUAGCCUCUGUCAUUCAAAAUAUGGUCAACACUAUUGAUCAACAGAGCAUGACACUUCCCGAUGUCACCCCCAUUUUGCAUCAAUUCUCCACUCGAUUCAUAGGACUCUGUUUCGGCGACUCUUGGAUACGAAAGAGAGCUGGUUGCAAUGGCAUCAGAAUCAUGACGUCGACGAUGCACGUGGGAGCCAGUUGGACUGUAGAGCGUGAGCUCGAGAUCAUGAGAGCUCUUCUUCAUGUGCUCAAGGAUCUGCCUGCGGACCUUCCUCGCGAUACUGAGGAAAUUGUGGAUGUGCUGACCACGGUGUUACGCAUCGGAAAUGCCAAUCUGGACUACAGUGCCGAAAGCGGACAUCAGAACUGCCUGAAAUUGAUCAAUCUGGUUGGGCAGAUUUUCCCAGAGCUUCAGAGCUCAAAUGCGGUGGUACGGCAAGCGGCUCAGACUUCAAUUGCGCUGUUGGUUGAAUUCAGUGGAAGUGCGGCGACACAGCUUCUGAUGCCGCAUCGAGACCGUAUGUUGGGGGGAAUAUACAACAAGCCCUUGAGGGCCUUGCCAUUCUCAAUUCAAAUUGGCAUGAUAGAAGCCGUUCGGUAUUGUGUAAGCCUUGAUCCGCCAUUAGUGGAAGUGAAUGACGAGCUCCUCCGGCUGUUGCACGAGACAUUGGCUCUGGCUGAUGCUGAUGAUUCUGCUCUGGUUGGCCGGGGGAAUGUUCGUCAAAGCAGUAUCGAAGUGACCAAGCUCCAUGUUGCCUGUAUCAAGCUGUUGACCGCUUCCAUGCCGUUGACAGAUUUCUUUAGCAAGCAGCAUCAAACGAGGCAGAGGGUAACAAGUGUGUACUUCAAGGCACUGUACUCACCCUCUCAUGAGAUCAAAGCAGUUGCUUACGAUGGUCUGAAGAUGGUACUUGCUCAUCAGAACAGACUCCCUCGAGAACUUCUCCAGACAGGACUGCGUCCCAUCCUCAUGAAUCUCGCAGAUCCCAAGCGUUUGUCUGUUCCAGGGUUGGAGGGCCUUGCACGCCUUCUCGCCCUGCUAACGAACUAUUUCAAAGUCGAGAUCGGACAUAAACUGCUCGAUCAUUUCCGCGUUGUCGCCGAUCCGCAGAUGCUCCAGGCAUCUUCGAGGCUGCCUUUAGUAGAGAAUGAGGGAAUUACUAAACUUGUCCGUCUGGCCAAUAUAUUCCAUCUCCUCCCGUCGUCAGCCAAUAUCUUCCUCGACAAUCUCAUCAAUGCCAUCGUCCAGACCGAGGCUCAAAUGCAUUUCUCCGGUCGUAGUCCCUUCUCGGAGCCGCUAGCUCGGUAUCUGAACCGGUACCCAGCUGAGGGCAUCGACUUCUUUCUCAGACAUCUUAACUUCCCUCGACAUCUGCGAACAUUGCGCAGCAUCUUGCAAGCGAAAUUGGCGCCUAGAUUGGAGUCCGACCUCGCUUCACGUACCUCGAUAAUCGUUGCUCAUUUCAUUCGAGGAGGCAAUAAUUCUCAAAGUCUUCCUGCUCUUCUGCUUUUCAUGGACCUCGCUAGUAUUGCACCUAGUUGGGUUCAACAGCAUGCUUAUGCCAUUGAUGCAUUGGUGGAUGUUUGGCAUGCUGAUGUACCUGAGCAAGAUGUCAUUGCGUCAUCGGAAGUUGUCGAACGCCAGUCCAUUAUCAUUUCAAUAUUCAAAACGGUUCUUGAGCAAUGCCCUCGUAUUGAUCUCGUCUUUGAGAUUGUCUCCGUGUACACGCGCACCCUGGAGACGGAUUUGAUUCGCACAACUCAUUUCCUAUAUAAACAUGUCGCGCUGUCCUACGAUGUUAUAUAUCGGCGCAAUAUUUUGAUGCGGUUCCUUACCUGGUUCGACAAUCCUUCAUAUACCUGGUCUCACAAAGCCUAUUUUAUCCGCUAUAUUGUAACGCCCACUCUUAUUGUACAAGCGUCUCGUUCAAAGGAAGAGCGGUUAGUGGGCUUGGACUUCGUUGAAAGAAUUAGCAGGAUGAUCUGGCGGCGCAUAGCGGAUCCGAAGGCCUUUCAGGACACCGACGACAUGUUCAAAAUCGAGCUUCUUCAUUUCACUACGGUGAUGGUGAAGUAUUACCCAGAUUUGAUGGAACAUGCACGGAAAGAUGUCCAGAUGUGUUCGUGGCACUAUAUCGGUUCCACCGACGACCCCAUUGUGAAACAAGCCGCUUAUCUUCUGAAUGCACACUUCUUUGCUGCAUAUCCUUCGCCGUACAAGUUCAUCAUGCGGACAUGGACAGGCCUGCUACGAAACACUGAAGGACGUGGACAUCUCCGUCAAGAGGCUUUGGCGACCCUCGCACCGGCUCUCCAAGCAGAGGCGCCCGAGUCUGGGUAUCCUCAGUGGGCGGUGACCGCAAGGCGCAUGCUUUCUGAGGAUGGCGGGUCGUCCCACUUCUUCACGCUUUAUACUCUCAUCAUCAAAGAUCCAUCGCUUUUUUACCCUGUUCGUGGUUUGUUCGUAAUCUUCAUCGCCAAUUCUCUGCCCAAGCUCGGCCUCACCCAAAACUGUACAUUGGAGUCGCGCAAUUUAUCGAUAGACAUCUUGCAAAUCAUCUUCGACUGGGAAAACCAGGCUGAGAAGGAACAAGAGGCCAGGAUGGAUGUAGAUGGAGCAUAUCAGAAAGAUGUGUGGUUAACGCCCAUGGCAUAUCGGGAAAACAUGGUCAGCUACCUUGUUCGCUUGGGUGCCAAUCUUCACGAGACGCCGGCCAAGAAUCACGUCGUUCCCCGGGCUCUUACUCUUUUGAAGGUUAUGGUGGGCCCUAAUGGAUGGACCGACGUUCAGUUUGGUCUUCGGUUCUUCUUGCGAUCGCUUGAACAGAUCGACUUGAACACCGAGCAAACUAUCGCUCUCGCAGUCUCUUCAGCGAAGGUUCUUCAAGUCAUCUGUGCAGAGCAAAGUGAUGCUUGGUACACUAAAAAUGCCUCCAUACUCCAACAACUCGUGAAAAAGGGAAUGAUCACCGACGAGAACGAUCUACAUGAUGCUCUAGGACCUAUCUUCGAUCGUCUGCUUGACCUAUUCCCUUUACCCAAAGAAGAGGAGGACCAGCCAGGAGAGCUUUCGGAGUUCCAUUCCUUCAUUUAUUCGGCCGUUGGCGAAGCACUACGCAAUGCGACGACGGUUCGAGGUGCUCUCACUAUAUUGCAAUCGGUGGUAAAAACCUCACCAGAGAGGAUCGAAUCCUUCGCCAUGCCUCUUGUCAAAAUCCUGACUCGAUUGACCAAGGAGCAUGCCCAACCUGGCUCAAAAGAUGUCGAGAGCACUGUUCGCCUUAUCAUCACAAUCAUCGACAUCUGUCAGACGUCGAUAGCUUUCUUAGCGGACCAGCGCCGGUUAUUCUUGACCAGCCUUGUUGCUCUUGCCGAGAAAUCCAAGACCCUUGCUAUCUGCCGCUAUAUUCUGGACCUUGCUCGUACGUGGGCAUUGGUGAAGCAGGAUUCUUAUCCGACAUCCAAGGACAAGGCUAAUCUCCUGAAUAAAAUGGGUGCUUACGAGUCGAGAGGCGACUCUUUGUUUAACCUCUACCUCGAACUCAUCUACGAAAUCCUCACCGAACCUAGCUUACGUCGGAGCGAUCUUACGACCCGGUUAGAGCCAGCUUUCUUGCUGGGCUGUCGAGCAAAGGAUCCCAGUUUGAGGGAGCGUUAUAUGGGUUUGUUGGAUUCCAGUGUGCCUCGCUCCCUUUUCAAUCGCAUGACUUACAUCUUUGGUGUCCAAAAUUGGGAAAUCUUAGCAGAUAAUAACUGGAUUUACCUAGCUCUUCAUCUGUUGCUCGGCGCAGCUGAUAAUCUCGACACUCCCAACCCCCGUUCCCUUGCAAUCAGCGCGCCGCUAGUACCGCAUGCCAAAACCCAGGACAUCGUGCGCUCCCUUCAACGUCUAUCGUUUCUCGAUCCCCAAACUGCUCAUAACACUUGGGUGUCGAUUUUCCCUGCAGCCUGGUCAUGUCUCUCUCGACGGGAACAAGCUGACAUCACUUACCACAUGAUUGUUCUUUUGAGCAAGGAUUAUCAUACGAGACAGGCUCACGUCAGACCAAAUGUCAUUGAGACUCUGCUCAGUGGAAUCCAUGCUUGUUCGCCACCUAUGACCCUCCCCCCACACCUAGUCAAGUAUCUGGCAAAAACGUUUGGUUGUUGGUACGUUGCCUUGGAAAUUCUCGGAGCUUCAAUGGACACCGUCAAGGAUGACGAACCCAAUGUCCGCGACUUUGUCUAUGAUUCUCUUGCCGAUGUCUAUGCAGAACUAGCAGAGGAUGAUUUAUUUUACGGCGUAUGGCGAAGACGAUGUCUGUACUCGGAGACGAACAUCGCUCUGUCUUUCGAACAGAAUGGGAUGUGGGAGCAAGCCUCCACUGCGUAUGAAACAGCCCAGAGCAGAUUGCGGUCAGGAACUAUCCCUUUUUCUGAGACGGAGUAUUGUCUUUGGGAAGAUCAUUGGAUAUUGUCCGCUGAAAAACUGCAGCAGUGGGAAAUCCUGUACGAUCUCGGGAGGUCUGAUUCUAAUCCUGAGAUGAUGCUGGAGUGCGCGUGGCGGCUAAAGGAUUGGAUGGAGAAUAGAGCUGCCAUGGAAGACUUGAUCAAUCAAUUACCUGAAGUACCUACCCCGCGUCGGCGUGUUUUUGAGGCUUUCCUGUCCUUACUCAAAACACCAGCCGCCCUGGACAAAAACACAGAGUUCACCCGGAUUCUCGAGGAUGGUGUACAGCUGACACUCCGAAAGUGGGUCGGUUUGCCAUCACCACUAUCCGCCGCCCAUAUUCCUCUCCUCCAGCACUUCCAACAGUCUGUUGAACUUCAGGAGGCUGUUCAGAUAUUCGGUUCCCUUUCUCAGACGACAUCACAGAAUCUGGAAAAGAAGUCCUCAGAGCUGAAAAUGGUCCUGCAGGCGUGGCGAGAGCGCUUGCCGAAUCUCCAUGACGACAUUGGUAUUUGGAGUGAUUUAGUCGCGUGGCGACAGAACGUCUUCAAUGCCAUCAACAACGCAUAUAUACCCCUCAUAGGAAGCUCAACGCAAGGUGGGAAUGGAGGCGCCAGUAACGCCAACACUUUCGGCUAUCGAGGCUACCACGAAACGGCUUGGAUUAUCAACCGUUUCGCGCAUGUUGCCCGGAAGCAUGAUCUGUUGGAGGCGUGCUUUACUUCGCUCGCCAAAAUUUAUACCCUACCUAAUAUCGAAAUCUCAGAAGCAUUCCUCAAACUUCGUGAGCAGGCUCGCUGCUACUACCAAAAACCUAGCGAUCUUCAAGCAGGUUUGGAAGUAAUCAAUAACACAAAUCUGCACUAUUUCUCCAAUGCUCAGAAGGCCGAAUUUUUCACCCUCAAGGGCCUUUUUUACGCGAGAUUCAACCGGAGAGAAGAUGCGAAUAUUGCUUUUGGGCAGGCUGUUCAGAUGGAUAUGAACCAAGCUAAAUCUUGGGCGGAGUGGGGACGAUGGAAUGACAGAAUGUUUAAGGAAUCAAAUCAGCAAGAUUUGUCAUGUGCUGCAAACGCUGUGAGCUGCUAUCUUCAAGCCGCAGGGCUUUAUAAAAGUGGCAAAGCCCGACCUCUAUUGGGACGGGUUCUGUGGCUCUUGAGCUUAGACGACAGCACUUUCACGAUUUCGCGAGCCUUCGACACCUAUAAAGGAGACGCUUCGUUUUGGUUCUGGAUAACCCUUAUUCCACAACUGUGUCAAUCCAUUUCCCUUCGAGAGGUCAAACAAGCGCGAUAUCUGCUCCUCAAUCUAGCGAGGCACUACCCACAGGCUCUUUUCUUCCAUCUCAGGACUACACGCGAAGAGAUGCAAGCCGGCAGGAAAGCCGCAGCCAUACGCGCAGCUGCACUUGCAGGACAGACCGUCCCCGCAGGCGCCGUCAUAGGACAAACAAGCAAUGAUACGCAUCCUCCUCCUGUAAAUGCACCUCCGCAGCAACAAAACGAAGGCAAUCCUGCGUCCGAACCUUCGCGACCACCAUCACCAUGGGAGUACGUCGAGGAAAUAGUCCAGAUUCUCAAAGCAGCGUUUCCUUUACUUCUCCUAAGCCUCGAAACCAUGCUUGAUCAGCUGCUUUCAAGGUUCAAACCUUCAAAUGAUGAAGACAUAUAUAGGCACAUAUGCUUACUUCUUCAAGAUGGUUCCCAGCACUACCUCGUGCGCAUGAACUCAACAAAUGAAGACGUCGAAUUGCCAGUACAGACGACCCAAACAUUACAAAAAAUUGCUCAGAACAUGCCAGGACGCGCGAAGGCGAGUAUUCUUUACAAAGACUACGAAGACGAUUUUGUCAACACAAAACUCACUCUCUACGAGUAUAUUCACCGGCUGCAGCAGUGGCGAGACAGAUACGAAAAGAUCCUCGAUGCCCGACCACGCUUCCAGACCCUCGACAUUCUUAGCCACUACUUGACAGAAUUCCAGUAUAGCAAGGUUGACGAGAUUGAAGUGCCGGGGCAGUAUACUGAGGAGAAGGAUAACAAUCAAAACUUCGUCAAGAUCCUGAAGUUCUCACCGAAAUUCGAGAACUGGCGCACUCACGGUCUAUGUUCCAAACGUAUCACGAUGAUUGGAAGCGACAACUCUAGCAUCUCAUUUUGUGCCCAGCAGCCUCCCUUCCGUCACAAUCGUCGGGAAGAACGAAUAAUGCAGUUAUGUCGCACCUUUAACGGUGUUUUGGCGCGAAAGAAGGAGACUAGGAAGAGAAAUUUGGCUUUCCAUCUGCCCACCGCUGUAUUGUGCAGUUCCACCUUCAGACUAUAUCACAUGGAUGCCUCGUAUGUAUCCUUCGGCGACAUCUACGAUCUUCACUGCGAGGCGACCGGCAUAUCUCGUGAAGAUCCCAUAUUAUAUAGCGGCGAGAAAGUUAGAAGGAUUCUUCGCGAAGCCAAGCAAACGGGGCAGGUUCUGAAGCCAGAGUAUCUUACCCUCAAGAAACUCAUUUUCGAUGAGAUUACCGCCAAGAUGGUUCCAGAAGAUAUCAUCACUCGGUAUAUGAUUCGUACUAUGGAUGGACCUAGCGAAUUGUGGCGGAUGCGAAAGCAGUUUGCGCUACAAGUCGCUGCUUGUAGUUUUAUGACCUAUUUGCUCUGCGUUGGCGGGCGACUGCCAUCGCGCUUCUAUAUAUCUCGGUCGACGGGUCAAAUUGCGAUGACGGAGCUCCUACCCUCUAUGACUAGCAACCAUCCACAGUUUGCAACAAGCGACGUAGUCCCUUUCCGUCUGACCCCAAAUAUGCAACAUUUCAUGUCCCCUAUAUUCAUGGAGGGUAUUCUCGCCACUAGUUUGAUGUCCAUGGGACGUUGUCUUACGGAGCCAGAGUAUGAGUUGGAACCACAGCUCUACCUUUAUGUUCGCGAUGAAGUUCUUGUCUGGAUGCGUGGCACCGGAAAACAUUGGAAUCCGCAGCAGACACAAUCAGUGACAGAUAAUGUCAAAAUCAUCGUCAAACGCGCAGAGGUAUUUGCAUGUAAGAUUGAACGCGAACAAGCUCUACAGGGUGUCCCUCUUCAAGUCCCAGUGAUGCAGACCGUCAUCAAUUUGAUUGCCACCGCUACAAACCCUGUCCAAUUAUCAAAAAUGGGGGAACUUUACUCUCCUUGGUACUAACAGU